AUGGACCCAUCAAAUUCGGGCAGCCAUGGCUUAUGGUCGAGCCCCCACUUGGCCACCUCUCAAGUUUUCCCUUUUCCCUCACUAUUUAUACCCCAAAUACACUCUUUCACCCAAACAAACUCACGAACGCCUCUAGUGCGACUGUGCGAGGAGCAUUUUUGUUCGCGAUACAAAGAGGAUAAAGAAGAAGUAGAAGAAAAAGAGUCACCGCCGGCAACCAUGUCGUGGCAGUCGUACGUCGACGAUCACCUGAUGUGUGAGGUCGAAGGCGUUCAUCUCGCCGCCGCCGCCAUCAUCGGCAUCGACGGCAACGUCUGGGCUCAGAGCGCUUCCUUCCCAAGGUUCACUCCGCAAGAGAUUGCUAACAUUGUGAAGGAUUUUGACGAACCCGGAUUCCUUGCUCCAACUGGAUUAUUCCUUGGAAGCACAAAAUAUAUGGUUAUCCAAGGAGAACCCGGUUCCGUAAUUCGUGGAAAGAAGGCUUCUGGAGGUGUAACUGUUAAGAAAACAGGCCAAGCUCUCAUUUUUGGCAUCUAUGAAGAACCAAUGACACCCGGCCAGUGUAAUAUGGUCGUCGAGAAGAUGGGGGACUACCUUAUUGACCAGGGCCUCUAG